AUGGUGCAGCAAAGUGAUCGAAUUCAAAGUGAAUCAAUUUCUUAUUUAACAAAUAAAUCACUAAUGGAAAUCGAGGAUUUAACCCCCAAUACAAAAUAUAAUUUAAGUGUAACGGUAGUGACGGCAAAUCAUUUCAGUACUACAAAAAAUCAGUUCACAACGCUCCCAACGGACUACAGCCCGGGAAUGAUCACCAGCAUAGACGUAAUCAAAUAUCGACCAAAUCGAGAAAACCAAUCUCUGAUCGAUGGUGUAAUUUCGUGGAAACCGGCCGUUGAUAAGACGUGUUACUACGAAAUCCUGCACUACUCCAGCCACUCAUCAAAUGGUCAGCUCAAACCAAUCGCCGUCCAACAACCGGAAGAGCUAUACCACUAUAGUCUGACUUCACUGGAACUGAACUCGGAAUAUGAAAUAGCGAUUCGUGCUAAGAAUACGCACAUACCCAGCUUAGAAAGCGAGCUGCAUUGGCAUACCUUUCACACACCAAACUGCAGGGAAUGGCACAAUACCACCCAGUUCUGUGCACCCGAAAUCGUGGAAAAUUUACAAGUGACUUCCACGUACCUGAGCGGGAAAAACUACACCUUCAAUAUUACUUGGGACGAGCCCCGUUAUACACCAGACUACUACGUGAUUGAGUUGUACGAUUUAAAUCCGACAAUUACAGAUGAAAUGGCCAACUCAGUUUCAAGAAAUGUUAGCGGGAAUGUAACAACAGUCACGAUCGAAUCAUUUCCGAUGGUUGGGCCUCAGUAUGAGGUGUUUAUUGCAACACAUGCCAACAACCGCACCGCUAGGCAAAGUUUAGUCCGACCUCUUUACACUGGCCGGUUCCCUCCAGGCACCUACGGUCGGGGAAGGGUAAUUGCUAUCAUUAUUAUGCCGAUCCUGACGAUCACGUUUGCCCUUCUCUUAUACUUUCUUACGUACAUCAGAAUGGCGAAGGUGAGAAAAUACGAACAACGCAUCGAAUACUGUAAGGAAACACAGUUGAAAGAACCCGUGGAUCCUGGAAACGACGUGCGGGAAGUCCUGCAAUCCGUUGCACCUAUCAACGACGAAAUGGAAAUUAACUUCGAACAGAUUCAACUUCUCGAUGUGCUAGGAGAAGGUGCUUUCGGAUUGGUGCGGAAAGGAAUUUUGUUUCGUUCGGCUGGUACUCCCAACGAUGUUGCCGUGAAGAUGUUAAAGGAAUUUCCCAGUUUGGGAGAUAUCAAGGAAUUCCGACGAGAGAUAGAAGUGAUGAAAUCAGUUGGAACGCAUCCCAAUGUGGUUUGUAUUUUGGGUCAUUAUACUCAAAGUGUGGAAGAUAUGAUGCUGCUAACCGAAUACUGUAGUGAAGGAAAUCUGCUGAACUUUCUACGCUGUGAGUGGGACAAGCUAUUGAAAAUGAAAAUCUCGAAAGAGGAAUGCCAAACGCCGGCUCUGGAGACCAACAAGAAACCGGAAAACAUUUUUAAUUUUAACACAUCUUUCGUCAACGAGAAGAAAUUAUCUUCACACAAAACUUUAAACACCGAACAUUCACUUCUUCCUAAUUACGAAAACAACGACGAUGAUGCCAACAUAACUGGUCGUCGGCAUUCUUCGGUACAAUGUUUGAAAGUUUCGAACUUCAAUACCCAACCUUCACCCCAGAAUGAUCUACAACAGAGUGUGGUCGAAAACCUGUGCUACUACAUCGAAGAACCGGAAGAAUCAACUGUCACUAACGAACUGUUGCUCGAAUUUGCCAGGCAAAUUGCCGUUGGUAUGGAAUUCCUAGCUCUCAACAAAGUUGUUCAUCGUGAUCUGGCCGCCCGCAACGUGCUGGUCUGCGGCGACAAAACAGUAAAAAUAUCCGAUUUCGGUCUGAGCAGAGACAUCUACCAGGAGAAUCUGUACCGAAAAACAGGAAGUGGUAAACUGCCCGUCAAGUGGCUUGCCCUGGAAUCGUUAACCCAUCAGGUCUACACUUCGCAGAGUGACGUUUGGUCUUUCGGUGUUUUACUGUACGAAAUUUGCACCCUGGGAGCUAAUCCUUAUCCGUUGAUAUUGCCGAACAAUCUUAUUGCGGAGCUCAGAAGGGGCUACCGGAUGGAGAAACCGGCGAGUUGCAGCGGGGAGCUGUACGAUCUUAUGCUGGCUUGCUGGAGUGCUCUUCCCAUCGAUAGGCCUUCAUUUUCCAUCAUUCAAAGCCGAUUGGAAAAAUUGAAGGAGCCGGGUAACAACAGCCCAGCAAUCGAUUUGGAAGCCGUUGUAGAUUUACCCAGCAUUGCUGUUCAGUUGUGA